CAGCGACAGCUUUACUCCACGGCUCCAUCGCCUUCCAUCAGCAUCGCACAGCAACCUUGGGGACGCAAGCAAUUCUACACCCAAGAGAGUUGCGAAUUCGAGUAGAUUGGCAAUCCUUUGUCGUUUUAUAAUCGCUUUAUUUUUUGCUUCGCCCCCGACGACUACGCAAUUCCACGUCGUCUGACCGACACCCGCCACCAUUCAGGUUUACCUCGAAGAGAACCCAUAGCAACUCUGCGCUGCGAAACAUUGUCCAUUUGACAAGAUGGCCAAGGACGUCAAAGAGCCCAAGCCCGCCGACAAGGGCAAAGGCAAAGCCAAGGCCGCCGAGGAGCCCAAGGAUGAGAAGCCUGUCCUCAACGGAAAGAAGGAAGAGGGCAAGGAUGAUGACAAGAAGGACGCUGCCGGUGAAGAACUCAGUGAAGAAGACCAACAACUCAAGAGCGAGCUCGACAUGAUUGUUGAGCGUUUGACGGAGCCCAACAAGAACCUGUACAAGACUGCUCUAGAAACGAUGAAGACUUCGAUAAAAACCUCGACCUCUUCCAUGACGGCCGUUCCCAAGCCCCUCAAGUUCCUCCGACCGCACUACGAAACUCUCACCAAGCUCUACGAUGAGUGGCCAGCUGGCGAGAACAAGACCUCUUUGGCUGAUGUCCUCUCCGUCAUCGGUAUGACAUUUUCCGAUGAAGACAGACAGGAUACCCUCAAGUACAGACUCCUCGCUCCAACGUCCGACAUUGGUUCUUGGGGCCACGAAUAUGUUCGCCACCUUGCUCUUGAGAUUGGUGAGGUUUACGCUAAGCGCAUUACCGCCGAGGAGUCAACAAAGGAUCUCAUCGAUAUGGCUCUGAUCCUCGUUCCCAUUUUUAUUAAGAGCAAUCAAGAGGCUGAUGCCGUAGAUUUGAUGAGUGAACUCGAGAUUAUCAAAGAGAUGCCCGAAUACGUGGAUGAAAACACCUACGCCCGAGUCUGCCUGUACAUGGUCAGCAUGGUCAACUUGCUGACAUACCCUGAUAACGAAAUCUUCCUUCGCACAGCCCACAAGAUCUACAUGGAAUACAAGCGAUACACUCAGGCAAUGGUUCUUGCCAUCCGAUUGCAUGAUAUCGACUUGAUCCGCGCCGACUUUGAAACAGCCGAAGACCCUGCUCUUAAGAAGCAGCUGGCUUUCCUUAUCGCCAGACAGCGCAUCGAGCUUGACAAUGAAGAGGACGAAGAAAAGGACCAGGAACUCGCCGAAUGCCUAUCCAACCUCAAGCUGUCCGACCACUUCAAAGCUCUCGGCAAAGAGCUCAACAUCCUCGAUCCCAAGACCACAGAAGACAUUUACAAGAGCCAUCUCGAGAGCAGUCGUGUUGCUGGCAUGACCAACUUGGACUCUGCUCGCCAUAACCUCGCUGCGGCCUUUGUUAACGCGUUUGUUAAUGCUGGCUUUGGUAAUGAUAAGAUGAUGCUAGUAGACGGCGAAAAGGAGAGCUGGGUAUGGAAGACUAAGGGUGAUGGUAUGAUGUCUACUGUUGCAUCGCUUGGUACUCUGUUGAUGUGGGAUGUUGAAGAGGGUCUUGACAAAGUGGACAAGUACACUUACUCUACUGAGAGCGAAAUUUCCGCUGGUGCCAUGCUUGCCAUUGGUAUUAUGAACUCUGGCAUCACAAUGGAAGACGACCCUGCUCUGGCAUUGCUUGGCGAUGCUGACAAGCUCAACCAUUCGAGUCCCCUCGUCCGAACUGCUUGCAUUAUGGGUCUUGGUCUUGCUUACGCAGGUUCCAACAAGGAAGAGGUUCUGGAGCUGCUGCUGCCCCUCAUUAACGACUCUGAUCAGGAGAUGCAAAUUUCCGCCAUGGCUGCUCUAUCCUGUGGUCUCAUCUUUGUUGGCUCAUCACACCCCGAUGUCAGUGAGGCCAUCGUCACAACACUUAUGGAUGACGAGCGCAAGAACCAGUUGACGGACAAGUGGACAAGAUUCCUCGCCCUCGGAUUGGGUCUGUUGUUCUUUGGCCGCCAAGAAGAAGUGGAUGUCAUUUUGGAGACUCUCAAGGCUGUUGAGCACCCCAUGGCUACUCCUACCGCCGUCUUAGCCGAGAUUUGCGCUUGGGCUGGUACUGGUGCCGUACUGAAGAUUCAGGAGCUUCUGCACAUUUGCAACGAGCACCAAGAGGAGUCGGAUGAGAAGAAGGGUGACGAGCUGCUCCAGGCCUACGCCGUCAUUGGUAUUGCCUUGAUCUCCAUGGGCGAAGACAUCGGUCAGGAAAUGGUGCUUCGUCAGUUUGGUCACUUGAUGCACUACGGCGAGGCCAAUAUUCGCAAGGCUGUGCCUCUGGCUAUGGGUCUUAUUAGCCCAAGCAACCCCCAGAUGAAGGUCUACGACACGCUUUCGAGAUACUCUCACGACACUGACCCUGAAGUUGCAAUCAACGCCAUCUUCGCUAUGGGUAUGCUCGGAGCUGGUACCAACAACGCCCGUCUAGCUCAGUUACUGCGCCAACUUGCGAGCUACUACCACCGUGAUCAGGAUGCUCUCUUCAUGGUCCGCAUCGCUCAGGGCUUGUUGCACAUGGGCAAGGGAACCAUGUCCAUUAACCCCUUCCACACCGACAGACAGGUCAUCUCGCCUGUUGCCACAGCUGGUCUCCUCGCCACCAUGGUUGCAAUGCUUGACCCCAAGGAGUUUAUCGCGUCGACAUCACACUACCUACUCUACUUCCUGGUUACGGCGAUGCACCCCCGAUUCCUGGUCACCCUUGAUGAGGACCUGAAGCCCCUCAGCGUCAAUGUCCGCGUUGGUCAAGCUGUUGAUGUUGUUGGCCAAGCAGGUCGUCCCAAGACUAUUACUGGCUGGCAGACACAGAGCACGCCAGUCUUGUUGGCGUAUGGUGAGCGAGCUGAGCUUGAGGACGAAAAGUACAUUAGCUUGAGCAGCACGCUAGAGGGUCUGGUUAUUUUGAAGAAGAACCCUGACUGGGAGGAAGGACAGUAAAGAAGCAACGAAGCAUAAGAAAUAUUUAUUUGUAUGAGUAGAUCUACUACUGCUAGUCGAUGGGAGGAUGGCACUCUGGAGACAAGCAUUCAUAGAACUUUCAAUGAAAAGGGAACGUUUAUUACUAAAACC